GAAGAAACGGCGUUAAAGAAUAAGGAAGUAAAAAAACAUUUUCUGACGUCGACGGAAAAGCCGGAGUGUGGUAUUUAUAUGUGACUAGUUGUACCAACUUAGACAGCUCUUUUAAAAUAUGUUUUGCAAAAAGAACCUGUUUUGACAAGUGUAAUAGCUGUCUUAUAGCCAUGUAGCUAGUUAGCUACAAAUACAGCUACUGUUGUGGACGAAGAGGUUCUGGUUUCAGUCACUUGCCUUAACCCUCUGGCUAUUAUCAAUGACAACUUGGUUAGCAAGCCAACGUUAGUCAAAGAAAAUCAGGUUUCCACAACCGAUAAUUCGAGAGUGGAGCCACAUAAUGGCAUACUGCGAUAAGACAGGUGAUCAUCCCUCAGCUUCUCUAAACAAUGAGGACAGUCGUAAUGGACAUGACCCGGCGACAGAUAAGCACCCGACUCCACACUCCAAAGGAAAUGCGAACGAUUGCUGUGCCACUGAAGAAGCCCGAACAGUGUCUGUCCCUCAUGGGUUGUGUGUAAAGAAGAAAAAGCUUGUCCUUCACGUUGACCUCAAUAACACCAUCUUGGUGUCUGAUGCUGUGACAAGUCAAGGAACUAUUGCAGCUUUGGAUUACUUUAUUUCCACAGUGACAUGGGGACAAAUGAGUAAACAAGGUAAGUGGAUGUGGAUGAGUGACUCACCUUCCCUACUUCCACCAUGUGAGGGCGCUGUCAGCUACUACUCCCAGUUUGGCCGGGUGGCAGGUUUCACCAGCUCCACUGCAGGUCGGCGGUUCCGGGGCGUGCUGGAUGAGCACCUGGCGAUGCUGCGAUGGCCGAAGGAGCUGAAGGGGGACAAGGAGCUGGCUGUGAAGGGGGAGGAUGGGCAGCUGUACCACUGGAUCUUGCCCUCCUUCUUCCAGCUACUGAAAGACCUGGUGACGGAAGGGAGGGACUUUGCUAUCCUGUUCCGCACUUUUGGCUCUGACCUUCCCCGCGUGCUGUCUGCAGUGUCCCGUGCCCUCACUCAGGGCUCCCACCCACUCUUCCCUGACCUUCCAGCACUUAAGCUGAGUGUGAAUGAGACGCCAGGCCAGAUCCGCUGCAGUAAGAAGGGGGCGGUCCUGACCCGGGCAGAGGAGCGUCUGUCGACCCGUGACGGGGAGCGAGCCCUGUACCAGUACCUCAGCUCUGUCCAGUGCCUGGGGGGCUUCCAGGACCAUUUUGACUGGUGGGCCAGGAACACCUACUCCAUCCUGGGAGGGAAACCUCUGUGGGUGGACCCCUUCGACCAGGAUGUCCAGCACAUCUUCAUCGAUGACAACAUUCGACAGAAUGACAAAGACACCAUUGUCCACCCAAAGGUGUUUCUAGACCGAGACGGCUCAGAGACCCGCACAGCCUCCACCUCAGAGCUGUAUGACCUCUGUCUGGUCCAGAACGACCUGCUCAAGGCCAUCUCAAACCCAGAGUACUUCACCCAGCGCAUCAGCAUCUGCCAGGAGAACUAUGACAGGAACCUUCAGCAGGGGGCAGGCUACAGUGGUUUGUCUGUAGCCUAGAGGUCCAGGGUGAGAAGGGGUUGGGACAACUCAGGUCUGUAGCCUAGAGGUCCAGGGUGAGAAGGGGUUGGGACAACUCAGGUCUGUAGCCCAGAGGUCCAGGGUGAGAAGGGGUUGGGACAACUCAGGUCUGUAGCCCAGAGGUCCAGGGUGAGAAGGGGUUGGGACAACUCAGGUCUGUAGCCCAGAGGUCCAGGGUGAGAAGGUGUUGGGACAACUCAGGUCUGUAGCCCAGAGGUCCAGGGUGAGAAGGUGUUGGGACAACUCAGGUCUGUAGACUGGAGGUCUAGGGUGAGAAGGGGUUGGGACAACUCAGGUCUGUAGCCUAGAGGUCCAGGGUGAGAAGGGGUUGGGACAUCUCAGGUCUGUAGCCUAGAGGUCCAGGGUGAGAAGGGGUUGGGACAACUCAGGUCUGUAGACUGGAGGUGGAAGGUAAAGGGGAGCUCCUGCAGUUGCUCCAACUCGUCCUCUAAGGUCAAUAUUCUCAGGGUGUGUGACACUGGCAACCAAUAUAUUGCAUAUGUAGAAGGCAUUAUUUUGUUGCUGUUUUUAAAUUCUAAUAUAUAUUUAAACAAAAAAAUGGUAAUUGAUAUAAAGGCAUUGUUUAUGUAUACCAAAAUGUGUUCAGAAAAGACUUGAAUGGUCAUACUUGAAUGUUUCUAAUAUUACAAAGAGAGAGAGCUGUGUGGUUGAGCAGUAAGACUAACUGUUACAACUUAAACCAUACUCUAGUCUACAGACAAAUUACUUUAAUAUUAACCACACUUAGUAUUACUGUUUGACUAUUUAUCAUGGCAAAACAAUGGAUGAGUUUGACCUAAUAUAAUUUGGGUUUAUGUGGUUUGGAGUUUAUUUGCACUGAAAAUGACUUUACUUUCUUUGAAGCGCUCUCAUGUGGAUAAAAAGUAUAUAUCCAGGGAAUGUGUGUCACGCUUUCUCUUGAAGGUUUGUCAUAGUGGUGGAUGAGGUGUGUGGCCCCGUUACAAUGUAAAGCUCUUUGGGUGUCUAGAAAAGCGCUAUACACCGACUGUACAAAACACUAAGGACACCUUCCCUCGGGGCAUGGACUCUACAAGGUGUCAAAAGUGUUCCACAGGGAUGCUGGCCCAUGUGAACGCCAAUGCUUCCCACAGUUGUCAAAUUUUCUGGAUGUCCUUUGGGUGGUGGACCAUUCUUGA